UUCUUAGUAAAAGAAUUGCAUGUUUUGCAGGUUGUGUUUUCAAAUUUGGUGGAAUUGAAGUUGUCUGAGAUUAAAAUAAAUCAGUUGUGGAUAACAUCUUCCUACACUGUGACUUCUCAAGAAAUCUUGAAUUUCAAAAAGCUUAAAAGACUACGAAUUUCUAAUUGUAACAGCUUAGAAUACCUUUUUACCCCUUCCAUGGUAUUAGGCCUUGGGCACCUCGAGGACUUGUGUGUAUCAUUCUGUCGAGAUUUGAAACAAGUGAUUAUGGUAAAAGGAGUUGAGGAGGUAGUGAACACAGAGUUGAUAUUCCCACAGCUAAACUCUAUUUCGCUAUGGUAUUGUGACAAGUUGUCAAGUUUCUAUGCUGGAAGUUCUGCACUCAAGUUCCAAUCGGUCAUAAAAAUUACCAUACGUAAUUGUCCAAAUAUGAUUACAUUUGUUUCUACAUUUUCAACAGAGCAAGAGAAAGAGACAGCUUAUCGAAGAACUGAGGGACACCUUGGAAAGAAAGAACUUGAUAUCCAUAGUCAGACUCUAUUCUUUAAUAUGGUUGUGUUUUCAAAUUUAGAGGAAUUGGACUUGUCAGAGAUUAAAAUAAAUCAGUUGUGGAUAACACCUUCCUACACUGUGACUUCUCAAGAAAUCUUGAAUUUCGAAAAGCUUAAAUGUCUACAAAUUUAUUUUUGUAGCAGCUUAGAAUACCUUUUUACCCCUUCCAUGGUAUCAGGCCUUGGGCACCUCGAGAACUUGUUUGUAUCAUGCUGUCGAGAUUUGAAACAAGUGAUUAUGGUAAAAGGAGUUGAGGAGGUAGUGAACACAGAGUUGAUAUUCCCACGGCUAAACUCCAUUGAGCUAUGGCAUUGUGACAAGUUGUCAAGUUUCUAUGUUGGAAGUUCUGCACUCAAGUUCCAAUUGGCCAUAAAAAUUGACAUUCAUAAUUGUCCAAAUAUGAUUACAUUUGCUUCUACAUUUUCAACAGAGCAAGAGAAAGAGACAACUUAUCGAGGAAUUGAGGGACACCUUGGAAAGAAAGAACUUGAUAUUCGUAGUCGGACUAUAUUCUUUGAUACGGUUGACAUUCCUCUCUUGGAUGUCUUGAGCCUGAACUCCAUUUGUGCACGGCAAAUAUGGCACAGCCAAGUUACAUUAAUGUCCUCAUUUGUUCAAAAGUUGAGGAUAUUGACUCUCCACGACUGUCAUAAUCUGAAAUAUCUCUUCACAUCAUCGAUGGUUAAAAGUUUUGAGCAACUUGAAGUACUCAAAAUUUAUGGUUGUAAGGAGAUGCAAGUGGUAAUACUGAUAGAAGAAUUGGUAGAAAAAGAAAAGACAAGCCAGACAAUGUUUCCCAAACUAGACAGAUUAGAGCUCUGUUACCUUCCACAACUCGUAAGAUUUUGCUCCAAUUGCAAUUCUUUUGGAGAAGUAUAUGAAGCUCAAGGACUCAGUGGUAGUGGAUCACAAGUAGUUGCAGCCGCACAAUCAAAGUUGGUGGAAACAGAAGUCACUCGGCUUGUAUUUCCUCGAGUAACAUUCCUGGCACUUAGUCGUCUAUCCAAUUUCAAGGGUUUCUUCCCUAAAAUCCACAUCACAAAAUGGCCAUUGUUGAAAAGAAUGCUUCUGGAACAAUGUGCCAAGGUGAAGACAUUUGCUUCAGAAUUUCCAAGCAUUCAAAUAACAUUUGGAGACAACCAACUUGAAAGGCAAACUCAAGAUCCUAUGUUUUGGAUUGGCAAGGAUUCAUUCUCCUGUCUAGAAGAACUAAAAUUCCAACAGAAUGACAACAUGAAGGAGAUAUGGCGUGAAAUUGUCAAAUGCUUGGAAGAUAAUGUGAAGGAUGGCAUUGUCUUUAGCCAACUCAAGUCUUUGCAACUUCGCGGUCUUCCCAAACUUUCAAGCUUUUGCACAAGGAGGUGUAACUUUGAGUUCCCAUCUUUGAAAGAAGCAAUUGUGAUAAGAUGUCCACAGAUGAAAUAUUUUUCCAUGGGAAAGACAAUAACAAAAGAAUUACAAAAUGUUCAAUGGAGUGUUGAUAAAGAAAAACAAAAUGUUCAAUGGACAAAUGAUGAAGAGAAAAGACACUGGGCAGGCGAUCUUGACAGCACAAUACAGUACUUAUUCACUCAAAAGAUCUAGUGAAAUAGAAGAACAUGUUAAUAUAAUAUAAUUUCAGAAAACAUUUUUAAAUAAGUUUUUUGUUGGGAUCGUAUGGGAUAGUUUAGAGUGAAAGGUAAAGAAUUGCAUAGGUCUACUUUCUUCCUUUUGGAUGGUUGAGAGGCUAGCCAUUCUAUCUUGUUUGAACUUUCUCAAAGGCAAGGAAUAGGAGCACUUUCAGUAAGGGGAUUAGAAGAAGAGCUUACAAGGUCAGUUGAUGGCGGCUUCACUUUCACUUAGUUUCUAAAUCUAAUGUACAUUAAAAGAACCAAGGGUUGAUCAUUCAUUUUCUAUAAUCCUUAAUUUAAUAAUCAUAUAGACAUUAG